AUGGCGGACGUUUCGUCUGCGUCACCACCGCUAUCGACCGCGUUGGCCGGAUCCCAAACUUCAACCACCGCCACUACCACCAGUGCUGUGACCAGCGUUACCGUUAGUCCCGACGCCGACGUCGCAGGGUCGUCUGCUAGUUGCAACGGCGAUGCUGCGUCGCAGCCGCCCAGCGUCGCACGGGAAGGCGUCGCAUCUGCGAAGGGUUCCUGCGACGACGGCGAGUCGGCACCUGCACCGUCGGAUCUAGUAGACGGCACCCCUGCACACGCGCCGGCCGGCGCGCACGGGGGAGCGGAGGGGCAUGCACAACGGGGGCAGGCGGAAACGGAAGGAAGCGGGGGCAAAGGAGCGGUAAGCGCAGUCGCUGUGGCGAGCGCAGAAACGUCUGAUAAUACAUCGGCGGAUGGCGGAACAGAAACAGUGCCGGCGGCGGUGGCGGUAAAGGGGACUGCGGAGGGCGUAGCGGCGGGAGGGGGGGUGAGAGAAGGUGGGGGAAUGGAGGAAAGAGAGGAUAAAACAGAGCAGGAGCAGGAGCAGGAGCAGGAGGUGAAGGAUGAGGAUGAUGAGGAGGAGGAGGCAAAGGAGGAGCAGAAGGAGGAGGAUGUAGUGGCGAAAUUCAGUUCCGCUGCUGCGUUCGUAGAGGCGGGGUUGCAGGACGCUGCGGACGACUCGUGCAGCAUAUGCCUUGACGACUUCACGUCCGACGAACCGUCCACCCCGACAACGUGCAACCACCACUACCACCUGCAGUGCAUCCUCGAAUGGGCACAGCGCAGCAAGGACUGUCCCAUGUGUUGGCGCACUCUAGUGCUCAAGGACCCUGACAGUCAGGAGCUGCUAGAAGCGUGUGCAGCAGAGAGAGCGAUGAGAGCACAGCAGGCAGCAGCGGCGGCGGCAGCGUCGUCGCGCAUGCACAUGGGCAGGGCUGCUCUCGAGGAGUUUGCAGCGCUGCAGCAACGGCUGGCAGAGCUCUCAGAGGAUUCAGAGCUGGAGAGGCGAAUCCUACAGCACCUGGCGGCCGCAGCAGCAGCAGCGGGGUUCUCCUCUCGAUCCGCGCACCAGUACCUGCACCAGCACAACCACCGCCACCACCACGGGUCAGAGCGCCAGCAGCAGCAGCGCCUGCGCCAGCACCUCCGCCAGCAGCAGCAGCUGCAGCAGCAAGGGGAGGACGAGGAGGCUGGAGGCAGCCCUGGCGAAAUGGCUCUUCGCCCAACCAGGUCGGCUGGCUCGGGCGACCGGAUUAGGUUCGGCGGCAGCAGCGGCGGUGCUGGUGGGAUUUAUUUUGGGGAGAGCCGGCAGGAGGAGGGCGGAGGUAGCCUGACACCUCCGAACGCGUUUCUGUCGGCUUUUACACGCUCGUCCAAUGCGCUUUCUCUUCAGGACAUGGAUGGUAGAGCAGCGGAUCAGGGUGCAGGAGACAGGGGGGAACGAGGCGGAGGGGGAGGAGGAGGAGUGGUGGUGACUGGGUUCGGUAGGGGAGGGCCUGGAGCAGUGGGAGGUGUCAAUUCCUCUACCACUUCCUCCUCCUCCUCAAAUCGCUUCUCUGCCACGCUCUCCUCUGCUCUCCCUCGCUCGCAAUCCGCCCAUCCAGGCACUGCCCCCCGCACGGUCUCCCCUCCCAGCCUCGCCGCAAGCCUAGCGCGCAGAGCAGCGGGGCAGGGGUCUGGGAGAGAAGGCAGAGAGGGCAGAGAGGGCGGAGGGCAGAGUGCGAGGGAGGGCUCGGGAUGGCCGUCGUCCUUCUCCCUCUCGGGACAGGGCGCAGGGGCUGGCGGGGGGGGCAGUGCACGGGGAGGCGGGGGAGGGGGAGGGGGACGGGACGGUGGUUUUUCGUCUGGGGGGUCGUCGGCGGCGGCAGCAGCGUCGUCCUCUUCAGGGUCGGGGUCGUUCCUGUCGGGCCCUGCUUCCAGUGCCAUGUCCGCUUUCGCUAGCCUUGCGGCGGCGCUAGGCGGUGGUGGUGGGGGAGGAGGGGGAGGAGGUGGAGGGGGAGGAGGGGGCGGUGGAGGGGAUGGGUCUAGUGGUGGGGGAGGGGGAGGGGGAGGGGGAGGUGGUGGUGUGGGUUCAUGGUUCUUUGGCUCGUUUUCUCAGUUGGGGAAUCGGUCGCAAGGGGGAGGAGGGGGAGGGGGAGGAGGGAGUGGGGGAGGUGGGUUUGGAGGAGGAGGGACAGGCGGAUUCGGAGGUGGCCGAUCAACGAGUCAAGGCACGAGCACUCAAGGCACAUCCCGUUCAACCCACUCGCCUCCAUAUACCUCCUCUCAACGGUCCAGCCGACCUUCUCCCCGCACACUGGCCAGCACGCCCUCGUCCCCACCACCACCCCAGUCCAUGACCAUGUCAGAACCCGACUCGCCCUCUUGCCUGCCCUCCGCUGCUGCUGCUACAGCAACCUCUCCUGCUCCUCCUACUCCUGCAGCUGCCACCGCCUCCGUCAACUCCCCUGCCAGUCCUCCUCCUUUUCUCACCUCCCAGCAUGUAACUUCGCCGCCAACUCGGCCCGGUGCCUCCUCCCCCUCUUCUGCUACUCCUCCCGGUCGAAAUGGCUCUGCUUCCCCACAGGGCUCUUUUCUCCAUCUCUCCCCCGCUGUUGCUGUUGCUGAUGCUUCGUCGUCUGAUGCUCCUGCUGCUGCAGGGAUGGGCAACACCAGCACGUAG